AUGCCGCGUAAGCUACGUAAGAAUAUACGUAAGAGGAAGAGAGCAUUGAAACAUCCAAUAGUAAAACUGACACAACAACAACAGUUGCAACAACAAAUGAUGAAUGACCCCACUAUGUUGCAACAAAUGUCAAGCAACCCUAUGCUUUUAAACCGAGUUAUUGGUGCACAGAGUGGAGGUUUAAGAGCGGCACUUUUAGCGAAAAUGGCAGGCUAUGGUGGAGCUGCAGACGGAACAGCUUAUAA